UAUUAAAGGAAAAAUACAGGAAAGGCAGUGAAUAACAUUGACAUUAAAAAUCGUAGGGAGGGAAAGACCCCCUCCCAUACCCAGCGGGGGCCAAACAAACUACUUUGUUACACUGCGGUAACGGGUUCAUUACAUUCACAUUACAUUCAUGACAUGUUACGUUCAUUACAUGUAUGUUGAGGCACGAACGACAACUCUGCUAUGAGAAUGCAAAUAUACCUGAACUGCUUGCGCGACUGAAUAGUAUAGUGUAUUGUAGCCAUUGCAAUAAUAAUGAACCAUAUUAAUUUUGACAGAAAUUGUACUUUCAGUUUCGAUUAGGUUUAUAGUUUCAGUUAUUUAUUUGCAUAUCAAAUAACCGCAUGCAAGUAUUACAAUAAAAUAUAUAGAUAUUAUAUCCCACAUAAUUUCUGUAUGUUAUUUUUAAUAAUGUCAAACAGAUCUGGUGUAUAUAAUCAUUAUGUCAAUAUUUAUAUCACAUGACCAUGACGUCACCAGAUUAAAGAUGUCUACCAUAGGGAUUUAAAAAACGUACAGCUACCUUGUAUAGUUAUAUCGGUCUUGACGACGGCACACAAUCUUUAAAUAUGGUGUCGGCAAUUCUAUCAAGGGUUGUGAUACUGGUCUUUGGGCUGUUGUAUCCAGCAUAUGCUUCAUAUAAGGCUGUGAAGACGAAAAACGUUAGAGAAUAUGUUAAAUGGAUGAUGUACUGGAUAGUAUUUGCGUUGUUUUGUGCAGUUGAAACUUUUGCCGAUGUCUUUCUAUCAUGGUUGCCUUUCUACUAUGAAGUCAAGAUAAUAUUUGUUUUCUGGUUGUUGUCACCCAUCACACGUGGUUCCAGUUUUAUAUACAGGAAAUUCAUCCAUCCUCAGUUAAACAAACAUGAAAAGGAGAUUGAUGAAGCGAUUGCUCAAGCGAGGACGAAGGGAUACCGGACCCUGAUGACUCUCGGCCACAAGGGGCUCACGUAUGCACACGAAGUGGUUGUCAGCACAGCCAUUAAGGGUCAGAGCACACUUAUAGAGCAGAUGAAGAAAAGUUUCAGCACGAAUGAUCUCCGAGUCCAUGAGAGUCGACCGCCUACAGAUGAUACAGAUGGUUUACCCUACAUAGACGAUAGUGAUGAAGACUUUGGUUUAAAACCCGAACAACCAGAGAUACAAACUCAAAUUUCCCCCAAAAUAGUAAAGCCAGUUACGAAAGGACUACCUAUGAAACCACCCAUGAAACCUUCAAAGUCAGCCAAACAGACGGAGAACCGGUUACGCUCAGACAACCAGGAAAUCAGUCGCCGGGAGAAACAGGACCGCCAGGAGAAGGCUCUUCAGCGCCGCCCACUGUCACGCUCCAACAGCGAUGCUGCUGACCACCGACCUAGGAAGGCCAGACCUUCAUCAGGUUUGUCACGCCUAGAGGAAGUGGAGCAUGAAAAUUCAAUGGCAACAGAAUCUCGAGGGUCAGACGAGGAAUUUAGUGAGACUUAUACGGAGGAGGUGGUAUACUUCCAGCCACUGCCAAAAAAGAUGGACAAGCAUUAUACACAGAAAGAUGUGAAGUCUGAUCCAUAUGCCACCCUUCCACGAACCCGUUCUCGCCAUCGACCACGUCUAAACCAGCCCUAGACUUGCCACUGGGAAUCUGUGAUACUUUUGUACAACCUACCCAUGUCUUUAAUCUUUUAAUGGAUUUAACUGUUAUUUUGAAUGCAGAAGUCACUGGCAUUAUUUGAUUGUUCACUGGGUAAAUGAAUAGUCUCAUCUUUCCAUGAACCAUAUGAGCUGUGGUCUGUGGGAAAACAGGGCUAAAUGCAUGUUUGUAAAAUGUUGCCUAGAUUAGCCUGUGCAGUCUGCACAGGCUUAUCAGGGACGAUACUUUCCACAUCGACUGGAUUUGUUUUGAGAAGACACUUCCUUAAAACGAAAAUUAUAUACAAGCCGAAAGUGUUGUCUCUGAUUGGCCUGUGUGGACUGCACAGGCUAAUCUUGAGCAACACUUUAUGCACAUGCAUUAAGCCCUAUUAUCACAGAAUGUGGCUCAUACAGAUUUGUGUAUGUUGUUAUUUCUACUUGGCAAGGCAUCCACUUGCUGUCUUGAAGAUAAUGCUUGUCUUAGUUUGAAAUUAAUAGGUAUAAAUGUUUAAAACUGAACAUGUACAUUUAAUAAGUAAAUUAUAAAUAAAAUACAAAUAACUUUCAUGUGAACAACUUAGAUGAGUUGAUGUCCUAAUUUGAUGCAAUACAAAAUAUGUUGUCUUAGUUCAUUUCAUAUAAAUAUUUUGUCUUCAGUUUUGUAAAUGAGCAAAUGACUGUUUUAAAAGAAAGCAUGCAUUCCAUUAAUGUCAAGUAAGACACAAGCAUCUUGUUAACUGUAUAGAUGUAAUGUAUUGUAUGUAUUGUUUAUACAGUAUUGCAUGUGAUUAUUAGUCCCCCACCGGUUUCACAAGAGGGUCUUAUGGUUUGGGCUCUGUGUGUCCGUCAGUCAGUCCGUCAGUCAGUCAGUCUGUCACACUUUUCUGGAUCCUGAGAUAACUUAAAAAGUUCUUAAUAUUUGUUCAUGAAACUUGAAACAUGGAUAGAUGGCAAUAAGGACAUUAUGCACGUCAUUUCAUUUUGUUCCUUUGUCAAAAAUUCUGGUUGCUAUGGCAACAAAUAUUUAAAAAAAUUAAAAAUAUUUCUGACAAUGGUGGAAACGGUAGGGUACUAAUAUUGCUUGACAAUAGUCUUGUUAAUUUAAGAUUUAGAAAAAAAUGCUGUUUGCAAAGCCAUGUAAAAAACAGCAGCUUUAUAACUUAUGUUCAGUUGGCAACUUACAUGUGAACAGUUUUCUACUUUGUGACCUGAUAUUUGUAACAAAAAAUCCAGCAGGAUUUUUUUUGCUCACUUAUUAACACCAACACCUUGAUCAUUUAUAUUGAAACAUUCUCCUUUUAGCAUUUUGAUACUGUUUGAUUUUAAAGGACAUAUUUUGUCAGUUUAAAGAAGGCAUUUUCUAUUUUGUUAAUUGGUCUUUGCUUUCUGGUCAAUUUUAAUUUAUUGUGUUCACUGUUUGUGUGUUUUUCUUUUUACAUCAUUUUCUUGUGUUGUGUUUGUUCACUUAACCCAAAUGUUGACUAAAACGCUUUAAAACCAGUGAUACAGGUUUUUGUGAAAAAAGAAAAUAAGAGAUUAAAUUUUAUUUGGAAAAUAAUUUAAUUCUUAAAACGACUAAUGGUUACAAGUUUGAUAUAAACUUAUGUGCUUUUAGGCUCACAUGUACAUAACAUGCUCAUGACGAGCUUUUGUGAUCGCUUUUUAUCUGUCAGGCGUCGUCCUUCAGUUGUUAUUUUAAUUUACCUUGUUAAUACUCUAUAAGCCUCAUUCAUUGUCUGUAUUUUCUUGAAACUUAAUCAGAACAUGUGUCCCAAUUAUAUCUUAGACGAGCUUGAAAAUGGUUAGUUGAAAAACAUGGCUGCUAGCUCUAGUAAAACCUGGUUAGCACUCUAGAAGUUCAAUGUUAAUGAAACUUGGUGAGAACAUUUAUUCUAAUAAUAGCUCAGCUGAGUUCAAAAAUGAAGUUAUCAGGGGGACAUUUUUCCUGCUAUGGCUUAAGUGAAACCUUGUAAACACUCUAGAAGUCACAUUUGUAAUGCAAUCUAAAUGAAACUAAGUCUGAACACUUUUUCUGAUGACUUCUCUGGUUUGUUAAAGUUGACAUUUUUUCUUAUAUAUAUGUAUAUCUUAAACUUGUUGAUGCUACAUAAGCCACAUUAAAUGGCUAAUCUUUAUGACUCUUUGUUCUGUCAGAACAUUAAAAAACAUGAUGAUAAUGGUCCAGAAGUUCCUUUUUUGGUCCAAGCAUGAUAAAUCAGCUUGCACUUUUUUUCAGAAUACUCUAGUUCCUUUGGGUCUCAGGUGGGCACCUCUGGGCCCAUGGCCCUCUUGUUUGUAAUUAUGAUAAAACGGAACACAAAUAUCCUGUUAUUGGAUUGACAGAAUUAAUAUACCAUAGACUGCACUGUUAAUAAGGCAAUAAGAUUAUGCAUAAAUGUUUAGUUUCACACAUUAUUAUGCAAACAUUGUUUUCGUCUCAUGCUUCAAAAGGCAUAUUCUUAUUUGCUUAACUUUCUGCUCACUUUUACAGUUGUUAUAAAUGCCAGUGACUUGGCACACAAGCACUGGAUGUGAGGGUUCAGCAUUACAAUUGUGUAACUUUGUAAAAUAGAACCCUUUAACCCUUACCCUGUCAGAAGCAAAGUUUAAAUGCUAUUUGGAAACAGCAUAAAGCCAGAACAGCCUGCGAGUAACUUGCAGUCUGUUCAGGUUUUAUGCUGUUUGCUGCUCAUCAGUAUCUAAGGUGUGGAAAUGAACCCUUAAAAACUUUAAUACAGUAAGAAAGGUCUUCAAUUAUAUUUUACAUUCUAAAAAUACGUAUCUAAGUGGUAGAGGGUUAAAAGGCCAAGUUAAAGGAAUCUCAUGAGGUAUUUCAGUCUGUGUACUGGUAUACCAUAAAAUCUUCCAUAUCAGCUGCUUUCACAUGGAAAACAAAGUUUAAUGCACAUGCAUAAAGUGCCGUCCUAGAUUUGCUUGUGCAGUCCACAAAGGCUUAUCAGGGAAAACACUUUCCACCUAAACUGGAUUUUCGCUAAGAUGAGAUUCAUUUAAACCAAAAAUACGGUAAAAAUACCGCGGACUGCACGUGUCUGAAUGCAAUGUUUAAGCUGCAGCAGAAAUUUAAUGUUCAGUUGAUGAUUGCCCCUCAGCGAUAACAUAUUUUGGGGUGGGGGGAAUUCAACUGAUUUAACAAAUAUAUCAAAAUUGUUUCGUACUCAACCCUCUAUAUAAUUCAUGUGGCUGUUUAGUUGUACAUGCAAUCUUUUCAGCAUUUUAAAUGCAAUGCAAAUUGUGUGCCUCAGUGGUAUUUGGUGAACAACAGUUCUCCUGUUAACUUGUUUGACACAAAUAUUUAUUCUGUAGUCCUAUUUAUUGUCAAACACACAUUCACACUACCGGUAGUUAGUUUGGAUUAAUUAUCUUAUUCCUUGUGAGUUCUUUAUUUCAAGCUCUUUUGUUGUAAAAAAACAUGUUUGUUUGAACAUCAGUUUGCCUAUUAAACUAAUGCCACUGAUAAUUUUAUAUUUUGUCAAAGUCUUUCUCAUCGUGCUCUUGUAUUGAUACAUAUGCAAAGCUUGAAAAGUCCAUUUUGAUUACUUCAGAGCUAUGUAUGUUAAAACCUUAUAAUGGGUGUGACCAACGAAUGUAUGCAUAAACCUCCCUGGACAAUCUACAUUCUAUCAACCAACUGGUCAUACAAGUUCAACAUAGUUUGUUAAAUAGAAGGUAAAGGGUACACUUGAAAUGUAAUUUUUGCAAAGAUGAUGGUCAUAAUGUAGUAAUCAUAAACACUUUUAAUAAUACUCAACAUGCCUGAUUGAUUAUAUGGUAUGUACUUGCUCAGCUUUGCUAUUCUUGCUUGUGUAUGUACAGUCUUGUUUGUUGUUGUGUCAUUUGCUCAGCAUUGGAUUAUUAGAUUACAAUCUUCUCACUGGCCCUACCGAAUUGCAUUUACCUUUGCUUAAUGAAAUGUUUUUUUCCGAAGUUCGAUAAAGAUUUUAUAAGCAGUGAAUGAUCUUUAAUUUAAUGGUGUUUCUUCACAUUUAUUUAGUUUUAUAAUGGUCCAAUUGUGUUUUGUUAAUACUUCAUGGACACAAUAUUUAUUUAAACAGCAAAAGUAAAAGUAUUAGUUAGUUUGAAUGAAGGAAUAAAUGUUGAUUUCAAUUUAAAAUUGCGCAGAUUAGUCUCUAGUUUGAAACUAAAAUACUGGUCUCUUGAAAUUCUGUCUUAAAACCUUCUUUUGUCUGAAAAAGUAACAAACACUAUAUUCUUGUCUUGUGGAUAACCAUGAAUUGUUGGUAUUGUUAAAGAUUGAUACAAAUGUUUGUGCUUAUAAACGUUAUUGUGUUUGUUAAAAGUGUAUAACAAGUGUAUGAAUGUUCUGCAUCAUAUUCCUAUGUUACAUAUCAUUGCAGUCUCAUUUUCCUAGCAAUUCAAUGCAUGUUGUUAAAGUUAAAACUUAAAUAUUAUGUUUGAAUAUUUUUAUUUGGUUCCACAUUUCACAUGGUUGAUCCUGGUAAAGUAAAUACUAAUUGUAGACAAUUGAAUACUUAAUAGGCUAUCAACUGGUGAUGAGGCGCUUAUACAUAGCUGUACAUAUUGUUUAUUAUAUGUAAGUUGAACAUGAAUUUUUUAAUACUUAUAAAAAAUACUUCAGUUAUUAGGCAUUCUGAAGUUUUUUUAAGGUCUUUCCACUGAAAAUUAUGCAAUGUUUGUAAUACUGUCCAUUCACCAGCCCUUCACAACUCUGCACCCACGGAAAGCACACCUUAUCAAUAACAAAACUGUGAUAGGUAGCACAAGCUGUCGUAGAAAUUAGAUUGAAGUUGAGCAUUGUGAUGACAUUAUAUUGCACACCUGGGGGUUGUUUCAUUAACUAUCGUAUGACAAUUUUAACAUAUGAGAGAAUUUUGUAAUCAAAAUAAGUAGACGAACUAACUCGCCAUGCUCAUCAAAAGUAUACGUCGUUAGAGAUGCCAUUAAAAAUAAAUAAAGUAAUGAAAAUGUAUAAUCAUAUGAUAUGCAAUUAUGCAUCUUUGAAAAAUGUAUCGUAUCGUAAAUGUGUACUAUGAUGUUUAUUGAAAUGGUCCCCAGGUUAGUAAUCCGCUUCCCUAAUGUCACAGUAUUUAAAACUACAUCCUUGCCUUGAAUGAAGGUCAUGCUUGGUCAUUGAUAAACAGGGUCAAGGUCAUGACAUGGAAUAAUUGGGUUUUAAAUGAAGUUUUGGAGACAUUGAAUAGCUGGUGUAAACAGUAGAGUUGUUAACUUAUAUUGAGGGUAUGUGUAUUUGCUCAUGGUUUUGUCAUUUUUUGUAGUGAUUUAGUUUGGUUCAUGUAGUUAAUGGUGUCAGAUAAAUAACAUAUACAGUAACAUAUUGUGAAAUACCCUUCUUUUGUUAUAACAUAUAUACAUUUUACUGAAAGUGGAACUGGUUUGAAAUCAUUGAAAUGUGAAAAAAGUCAAUGCAUAAUAUCCUGUUUAGAUACAGUAUUUUGAUGCUGGGUAAAAUUCUAGUGCUCAAAAGUGUGUGUUUUGUUUUUGAUGUUGUAUUAUAAAAAAAUAUUUAUUAUGUGAACAAGACCAUACUAUAACAUAGUAUUUGUUAUAACAAGAACAGGUAUGGUUAUUCAAGUUGGGAACCUGUGUGAUUGUUUUAUUUAAGUUUUAAAUAUAUUUUUAGUUUUAUUUGAAGAAAGCUAUUCUGUUUGUUGUUUCUUUUUCAACAGCUACAGUUUUACAAUUAAUACUGUUAUGUAGUUAUGAUUAUGAAUUGUACACAGGACAUUUUUUGCUACGAAAUAAUAAUAAAUAAAUGCUGCAGUUAUUAAUCCAUACCCAAUAUUUUCAUCUGUAAAUAUGUUCCUGUCAGUAUGCAUUAUUAAAAAUAAAUCUUCCUAUAUCAAGCAAUAAUAUUUUCGAUUACUUCAGUAUUUCAGUUUAUAGUUACCUUUUGUGGAACCAUUUAUAUUUUAGUUUAAAUUCUGAAUAGGGUUCAGCCUUCAACUGAUAUAAUCAGUUUACUUCAGUUAAAUUUUUGCCUAAUUAUAAAGAGUAUAUCUUAAGAUGUUUACGAAAGUUUGUAUCUGAUUCCAUUCUUUUAAUAAAUGCUGAUGGAUUUAUAUUUCUAUUUUCGAAUAAAUCUGUUCAGGUUUUAUGCUGUUUGCUGCUUAUCAGUAUCUUAGGGUUUGGAAUGAAGCUUUUACAACUUGAAUCUUGUAAAAAAAUGUCUUUAAUUAAAUUUAACUUUCUAAGGGACUAGAAAUGCGAAAAAAUACAUAUAUAGGUGAUAAAGGGUUAAAAUAAAUGACUGUACUGAAAUAUGCCAAAUCAUGGUGAGGAAUUUAAACAGAAAGUACAAUAAAGAAUCGAAACAAUUUUAAAUACUGAGUAUACUGUAUCAGGUCUUUUGAAAUAUUGAAAGUGAUCGUCAACCAUAUUCUUUUUUCAAGUGACAGGAUCAUGUUCAGAAACUGUAAAGUUUAUUUCUAAUUUGUUGGUUUCAUUUGUUUGAACAAUUUAGAAACUGUUUGAUAAUGUUUGUUUUUGGAUGUAUUUAAAAAACAAGCACUGCUGAUAAGUUGUAAUUUUUUAGUUUUAUUCUGAACUAUUUAUGACGAUUUCUUAUGUAUAUAAACUCUUUAUUUGGUGAUGGUAUGUCUUUUUUUAUUACAACUCGCAUAACUUGCCCAUUAAAAAUUUCCAUAUAUUUAACGCGUGACAAUGUCCAAUAUUGCAUUGACUUGCUAAUGUCAAUCCACUGUUAUAACUAAUUCUAUCCAGCAAUAAAUAUUUGUUAAUCCAUUUGCAUUUACCUUAAGCAAUAUUUUUUUAAUUCAUGUAAAUCAUGCUGACCAGAAAUAUGAUCAGAAUGACUGGUCGUAAGAUAUGCAUUAUGUUUUAUGCCCCUGGUAGGGUGGCAUAUAGCAGUCACACUGUCUGUCCGUCUGUCCAUCCGGCAUUCUGUUUUCUGGAGAUUUUUUUACUCAUUUAAGAUUUGUUAUUUGGUAUGUGAGUCUACCUACAUGACCUACAGAUGAAGUGUAAAAUUCGUUCCGGUCCGUUGAUUUUUGUCAAAGAUAAGGGCCUUUGACUGAUGUAAAUUUUUGCCAAGGUAAGUAAAAAGCUUUAAAGGGGGAUACAAAAAAUAUCAUUGGCAGGUACAAGGUCAUUUUGACAAGGGAAGUAAUAUUUGUUCAAGGUAUAUAAUCCAAGGUAGGAACUUCUAAAAAUAGGAAGUAAAAGGCAUGGAGAUUUUAGACAAAAGUGGAUAUGGAAAUUAUCUCUAUAAUAACUGUUUUCCGGAUGUUUUUUAUGCAACACUUUCAGAUAUUGAGCUGAUAUUUGGUAUGUGAGUCUACCAACAUGAACAUGACCCUCAGAUGAAAUGUGAUUUUCAUUCCGGUCCAUUGAUUUUUGGUGAAGUAAUGGGUGUUUAACAUAUAAAUUUUCUCCAUUAUGACCGUUUUCAGGAUUUUUUUACACAACCCUUCAGAUAUUGAGAUCAAUUUUGGUAUGGAAAUUACCCUACAUGAAUUAUAGAUGAAGUGUGAGUUUCGUUCCUGUCAAUUGAUUUUUGGCGAAGUUAUGGCCUUGGAAUGUUUUCUGGAGUUUUUUUUAGCAAACGCUGUCAGAUAAAAAGCUGAUGAGUCUACCUUCAUGACUUGCUGAUGAAGUGUUAGUUUUGUUAUGCUCCAUUGAAUUUUUGCCAAGUUAUUGGCAUUGGAAUGUGAAUUUUUUUCUUUCUUAAAUUACAAUUUUCUGGAGUUUUUUACGCAACCCUUUCAGAUAUUUAGGUGCUUUUUGUUAUGUGAGUCUACCUACAUGACUUACAGUUUAAGAUUGAGUUUUGUUCCGGUCCAUUGAUUUUUGACAUACCUAUGGGCCUUGGACUUAGGAAUUAAUAGUGGGGGACAUAUUGUUUUUGCCCUGUUUGUUUGUUUGUUUGUGUGUUUAUUUGUUUGCGCCAACUUUAACAAAUGCAAUAACUUUUGCAAUAUUGAAGAUAGCAACUUGAUAUUUUGGUAUGCAUGUGUAUCUCAUGGAGCUGCACAUUUUGAGUUGUGAAAGGUCAAGGUCAUCCUUCAAGGUCAAAGGUCAAAUAUUUAGCUUCAAAGCGACGCAAAAGGGGACAUAGUGUUUCUGACAAACACAUAUCUUGUUUUAAAUAUACUUCCAGAUUUUUUGCCAAAACACUUAGGUACAGACCAAGGCAUGCAACUUUUUCAAAUAUCAAUUGACCAUACGUUCAUCAUGUUUUCAAUUGGGAUAUAGCUGCUGUGUGGCAUCAAAGGGCAGUAGGGGGCAUUUGUUGAUCAAACGCAGCUUUUGCUAUUCCUGAUGUAAACCAAUGCAAUCAUGCCGAACAAUGAAUUGAUCAAAUGCUAUCUUUUAAACAUGAAAAGUCUCAAAAUUACUGAAAACUUCAAGCCAAGUAUUAAACAGUAUGAAAGGCAUAAUCUUACAUUUUGUAAUGAUUUUUUAACAAUGCAAUGGUAUGUUUGUUUGUAUGGUAAAAUAUGUAAAUUUUUACAUUGUAUCAAUACUAGCUUUUGAAGCAGGUUGUGAAAUUUAUUAGCUGUACUUAUGAUAGACACUAUUUCAAUUGACAUAGAAACAAAAGCACAUCGAUGUGAAUGCAUUAAAACAUGUGUUUUUGGCACAAUCACUGUCGUUGAUGUGUGGAGCAUUAUAUUAAAUGAAUGUAUUUCUUUUUCUUAUUCCAAAUGCAAAGAUUUCAAAAUUAUGCAAGAAACAUCUGUAUUGAAUGUGUUAACUUCUCAUUAAAUAGUUAAUUUGUUAAUUAUGUAAAAAGAGCUAUAUGUUUGUUGAAAUAUUUGCAAUGCCUGAUUCUUUGAUGCCUGCAAAGUUAUAACUGUUUGAAUGGAUCUCAAAAUGACGACAGUUUUAAUGGAAGAGGCAUUGUCUCAUAAUCACAAAUUAUUCUGAAUCUCUUUUUAUGCCCCCUUUUGAAGAAAAGGGGGUAUAUAGUUUUCGCACUGUCCGUGAGUCUGUCAGUCAGUCUGUCAGUCAGUCUGUCUGUCAGUCUGUCACACUUUUCGUGUCCGCUCUCUAAUUCAAAUAGUUUUCAUCCGAUCUUUAUGAAACUUGGUCAGAAGUUGUAUCGAGACAAUAUCUUGGUCAAGUUCGAAUAUGGGUCGUGCCGGGUCAAAAACUAGGUCACGCGGUCGAAAAAACAAAUCAAAGGGAAGUAAUUAGCUUUAAAUGGACAUAAUUAUAUGACCUGCCAAAUUAUAUAUUUUUGUUAAAUAAAUCAAAGCUGCACAGUAGGCGGCAUUGUGUUUCUGACAAACACAUCGUAGUAAAAGAUCAAGGUCAUCCUUCAAGGUCUAGGGUCAAAAAUACAAAUCCAAGGGAAGUAAUAAGCUUUAAAGGGAGAUAAUUAUUCAAUAUUGAACAUAGCAACUUGAUAUUUGGCAUGCAUGUGUAUCUCAUGGAGCUGCACAUUUUGAGUGGUGAAUCUACAGUCACGGUUGUGGCUUUUAAUUAUUUGCUACUAAAAAUAGAGAUUUGUUAGAGACAAUUAAUUUCAAGGGAAGUAAUUUAUAUGAUUAUAAAUCUCAGCUUAUAUAUUUCCUUAUCAAGAAUUGAAGUUCUUUUCACAGUUACUGUACAUAUUUUUUAUUUUGAUUAUUUAUAACUCAAAUGAUUGAUUUGUCAAAGGUUUUUUUUUUAAUUAUAUAAUUAUCAUUUCUUUCCUGUACUAAUUUGUGGAUGGUAGGGUUCAUUACAUACCUGUGGACAUGGAUACAUGAUGAACUCUGGCUAUGAUCUCUUUGAUAAACCACAGGCCUUGGUUGUCAGUGAUGUCUGACUUGUUCAUUUUUGACUGUCUACAGUUUUAUACCAUUUAUUACCUCUGUUUAUUUUUUAAAUGACGCUAACUUUCCAGCCAUAUCAGUAAAAAGGUGAUAAGCAUUUAUUUUCGUAUUUAAAUAUGCUUUAUAUCUCGACUUUACUCCCCGCAAAUUUUCUGAGUGGAUCCCUAAUUAGGUCAUCCCGCUAAGAAAUUUCGCACCUAGUAAAGUAGAGAUAUAGAGCGAAUAUUACUAUGAAAUGAAAGCCAGUAACUUUCUUCCUAAUAUGGCUGGAAAGUGAGCGGAAUAAAAAAUAAUUAUACAAGUAAUACCGGGUAUAAAACGACGAAAAUUACCGGCCUCGGCAUGGACGUAGCCAUCUUGUUUGUCACGUGAUUUUCCCCUCUGACCAGUGUAUUAUUUUUUUAAAUUUAUAUUUUUGUUGUUCAUCUCUCAUUUUGAGAGUAUACUUGGAUUAAUUGUUUGUAGAAAAUAAUACAAACAAUCCAUUCUACAGUAAUUUUACCUGAUAUUUUCAUUUUGUAUUUACAGUUGCCCAUAAUUGUGUCAUGUUUACAUUAUGCAUAUUUGUGUUUGCUAGUGUAUAAGUUAUUACCACCGAAUAAUUGAUUUUUGUUAGAAAUUAAGUUAAGCCAUUGCUAUGUAAGAUUUAUUUUAUGUUUAUUGUAAUUAUGCCCCCCUUCGAAGAAGAGGGGGUAUAUUGCUUUGCACAUGUCAGGUCGGGUCUGUCGGUAUGUCGGUUGGUCCACCAGGUGGUUUCCGGAUGAUAACUCAAGAACGCUUGGGGCUAGGAUCAUGAAACUUCAUAGGUACAUUGAUCAUGACUCGCAGAUGACCCCUAUUGAUUUUGAGGUCACUAGGUCAAAGGUCAGGGUCACAGUGACCCGAAAUAGUAAAAUGGUUUCCGGAUGAUAACUCAAGAACGCUUAGGCCUAGGAUCAUGAAACUUGAUAGGUGGAUUGAUCAUGACUUGCAGUUGACCCCUAUUGAUUUUCAGGUCACUAGGUCAAAGGUCAAGGUCACAGUGACCCCAAAUAGUAAAAUGGUUUCCGGAUGAUAACUCAAGAACGCUUAGAUCUAGGAUCAUGAAACUUGAUAGGUAGAAUUGAUCAUGACUCUCAGAUUAAUCCUAUUGAUUUUCAGGUCACUAGGUCAAAGGUCAAGGUCACAGUGACCCGAAAUAGUAAAAUGGUUUCUGGAUGAUAACUCAAGAACGCUUAUGCCUAGGAUCAUGAAACUUUGUAGGUAGAUUGAUAAUGAUUGGCAGAUGACCCCUAUUGAUUUUCAGAUCACUAGGUCAAAGGUCAAGGUCACGGUGACCCGAAAUAGUAAAAUGGUUUUCGGAUGAUAACUCAAGAACGCUUAUUCCUAGGAUCAUGAAACUUGAUAGGUAGAUUGAUCAUGACUCGCAGGUGACCCCUAUUGAUUUUCAGGUCACUAGGUCAAAGGUCAAGGUCACCGUGACCCGAAAUAGUAAAAUGGUUUCCGGAUGAUAACUCAAGAACGCUUAUGGCUAGGAUCAUGAAACUUCAUAGGUACAUUGAUCAUGACUGUGAGAUGACAUCUAUUGAUUUUCAGGUCACUAGGUCAAAGGUCAAGGUCACAGUGACAAAAAAACAUAUUCACACAAUGGCUGUCACUACAACGGAGAGCCCAUAUGGAGGGCAUGCAUGUUUUACAAACAGCCCUUGUUAUUUAAGUGUUUUAAAUGUGAAUUUUUGUGAGUGCAUAAAGUUACAUAGUUCCUUACAGUAAUUUACUCAUUUGCAAGAAAUCUAAACGAGAACUUGGCUAUUUUGUUGACUUAACAAAUACCCUAUGUUUAGAAGUAGAAUACAUUGCAUUGUUUACAAAAACUAUCAUUGCCGUAUAACAUUACUUUUGACUGUAUAUCUGUAUAUAUGGUAUGAUUGAAUUUCGUUUUGUUGAAUUUCUAAUACCUCAGUUGCUUGAAACAUUCAACAAUUUUGUCAGAUGAUUUAAACAUGUGGUUUAAUUUAUGUAAAGUGCAUGUGUAUAUAAUUUUUAAAAACAUGCAUGACACGAUUUCUGAGCUUUAAAAAUAAAUUGUAUUGAAAAUCAUGAAAA